AUGGGCUCUGGAAUCGCCCACGCACUCACACACGACGAUGCUGAUAACGACGACGAUAUAUAACAACGCUCACGCCCACAGUCACACUCAAUGAUGCUGAUGAUGAUGCUGCUGAUGAUGAUGAUGGUGCUAAAGGGCUCUGGGAUCGCGCAUGCGCACAUCCGCUCACGCGCGCGCUUAAAAAGCCGUGGCUCCCUGCCGCCUCCUCAUCUUCAGAGCUCCCGGCUCACAUUCGGAGCUUUCGCGGGCGCCACCAUCACCGCAGAACGCGCACGCACAGACACAACACCACCAUCGUAACGCCGUAACGCCAUCGUAACGCCAUCAUCAUCAUCAACAUCGCCAUCGACGCGGUCUUCCCGGCUGAUGGCAGUAAUCAUGGCUCUCGUCGCCGUGUUCAUAGCGACGGUCGCGUUAUCUUCCACCGCCUCAGCCCUGCCCGUGAGUGGAAAGCUAUCCCCAUCCGACGAAGCGGCGCUGAAGUGCAUCAUCGAGGUCCUGUCGGGAGCGCUGUCUCCCGCGCAGCCUCCCCCAGCAGCCAGCGCCGAGUGCAUGGAGAUCCUUCGUGGAGAUAAUCGAAUCUCCACGCUGAUCCACCAGCACGACCUCCUGUCUCAGCUGGAGGAGAUCGCGGGCAGGGGCAACGCAGGGGAGCGCGCGGGGGCCGCUUCCACAGCAGUAGGCGCCAAGUACGAGCCGAGCGAGGAGCGGCAGGAGACGAAGGAGGAGGAUGAAGAGACACGAGUCGCCCACGAGGAGAAGGACAAGAAAGACGCCAAGAAGAAUAAGCAGGAGCAGCAGGAGCAGGAGAAUGACGACGACGAUGAUGAUGAUGAUGAGAAGGAGGAGGAGAAGGAGGAGAAGGAGGGUGGCGAUGACGAGACCAAAUCUGGAGUGGGGAAGUCACGGGAGUUCCGCACGAAGGGGCCGGGGAGUGCCGAGCGCCGCGCAGGAGGAGCGGGAGGACGAACGAAGUGGAGCGGGGGCCGUGUCCGCGUGGAGCCGCGCCACGGAGAGGCUCCCCCCGAGAAGGCCAUCGGCCGCGACUGGAGCAACGGGGAAGAGUCACGUGGACAGCUGCGCGGCGCUCCCGACACCGGCGACGAAGAAGAGGAGGAGGAAGAGGAGCGGUCCCCACACCACGAGGACAAGGACGACGGCGGUGACGAGCUGGCGAGGAGCGUGGGGACUGGCGGGGACGACGACGAGGUGCAGGACGCGGAGGAGGAGGAGGUUACGGAGACGCCGGCGCGUCGCGGAGACGAGAGGGCCCAGCGGGGUUCUCACGGCACGAGCGGCGUCGAGAGGAGCGCGGCGCGGGAGGCGCACGACGGCCGCCGCCGCCGCCCCGCGGCCGAGCAGCUGCUGGAGUACCUGGACCAGAUCCGCCAGCGCCUGGGACAGAAGCAGCAGGAGCAGCAACAGGAGGAGCAGCAGGAGGAGCAGCAGCGGCGGCGCGGCGACUACGGCGGCAGGCACCCCGACAAGGGGGAGCCUCUCGUCGACAGGAAAUCCGACAGCGAAGACGAAGACGACGAGAAGGUUGAGAACGAGACGCGAAAGAGCGAGGUGGGCGGCCGGCACGGCCACUACGAGGUGGAAGACGAUGCCCGCGAGCAAGAGGAAGAGGUAGACGACGAGGACAACGACGACGAGGGAGAAGAGCAGGGCGGCGGCGAGGAGGUGUUUGGUGACGGUGUCGGCAGCAGCCACCGCUGGGCGGGGAAGGUCCACGCGGAGGGGCGGCCUGCGUGGGGAGCGGCGCACAGAGCCGCGGCGAAGGGCGACGAGGUGGAGGACGCGGCUAAGGGCGGCGACGAGGAAGAGGGCGACGAGGAGAAGCAGGAGGAGCAGGAGGAGGAGGAGGUGGGGCGAGGAGGUGGGAAGGAAUGGGGAGGCGACAAGCGGGUCCAGGACACCCAGAGCCGCAAGCACAGCACACUGAACAGCAAACAGCUGCUGGAGCUGAAGGCCAUGGAGCACGAGCUGGUGAAGAUUGCCGAACGACUUGGGGAGCGACUGGGAUGAGGCGCAGGAGACGGGAUCGAGAAGAAGGAACAAAAGACGGGAACCCCCCCCCCCAACACCCCCCCCCCCCACAAAAUAUCAUAAGACAUCGCGACCCGUCCAACGACAUCACGACUCGUGCGACAUCACGAUUAGUCCGACAUCACGACUAGUCUGACGACGUGACCUCACGACUAGUCCGACGACAUCACGACUAGUCUGACAUGGCGACUCGUGCGACAUCACAACUAGUCUGACGACAUGACGACAUCACGACUAGUCCGACGACAUCACGACUAGACCGACGACAUCACGACUAGUACCACAUCACGACUAGUCCGACGACAUCACGACUAGACCGACGACAUCACGACUCUUCGUACCGGCGGCGCUUGGAGGAGGAGGCGGCGGCAGCGGCGGUCUCCACCACGCGGUUCCGGGUGUUUCAUGCCACGUGCAGGCGGCUUGUUUAUUGACUAAUUGGGAGCGACAUUGGCCGUAGUUUUGUAAGGGGCUUCUUCCACUGCGUGGUGGAGUUUGAAAAGCCCACGCAGCUUCUCAGGAUAAUCCCGCAUUUGUUUAUUUUGAGAUUCCGCCCGACUCCCCCAUACCAAUAAUCCUA